AUGGCCUGCGUCUUCCUCACAGCAUACUAUGAACUAUAUUCUACAGGGCCUCUUCACGACGCCGGCGAGCAGUUCGGUAAUGGCGACAUCCUGACCAUUCAGAAAAACUUCAACGGCUGGGUGAACCCUGAGGAUCUGGUCCCCAUGCCACAAUGCAUCGCUCAGCAGGAUCAGUCAGCUUGGCUCAAGACCAUGACAGCAUGUACUCACCUACGUUGCACCGCGCACUUCGGAAUCAUCUGCACACACCGUCAAUGGUUGACAGAGUUGAGCUGCCUCAGCACCGAGUUCUCCCCCAGUGCCAUCAAAUCUUACCUUCCGUACUGCAGCAGAUCCAUCCUCGCCAAGGCCCAGCUAUAUCACUGGAUACGCAACGCCACCGGUCGAACGUGGCUUGUGGAUGUUGGAGACGCGAACAGGCUGCAAAACCUCUGGCCAUCUAGCCUGAUUACAGGCUUCGCAAACUUUGAUGUGGCAAACAAGGCGCCAGAAUGUCUAGCAAACUCGCUUUCGGUUUCAACAGCCGAGUCAUUUCAGCACGUGUUGGCAUCUUGCAGCUUCACGGACGCUACUCAGCACACGGGCAACGCCAAUCGUCCAUGGGAAUAUAGCAAGCCUUUGCGAUCCAUGACAGCUCUGAGCUUCGACACCGUCGGCUACGAUCUUACCGGGGGGCAUAUCAGGCCUGGCGAGUACUUUGACAGAGAGUGCUUCUGCAACACCUUCACCAUCGACGCGGAACGAGAACCAUGCCUAGUAUCAGAUCCUCUCGACUUGACCAUAGAGCGGCUGUGGUUAAACGCCACUUGCGGAUCGGCAUCCCUACCUGGCAAUUGGAUGGCGCAGCUCAAGAUUAUGGGGUUCACGUUUAUUCCCGUCCCAGACUGGCGCUGGCCAACAUGCGUCUCAGAUAUGCCGAGGCAUGUAACGGCCCUCACCGAUCAGUGUGCAACCGAUGCCUGCCAUCUCGAUCCUGACGGCUACUGCCAAUCCGCAUGUGCCAUAGACAGAGCCUGCUUCUGCCGCAACAUUGAAUACGACUCUUGCCAAGGCUCUUGUCAGAUUUCUAGGACCCGGAGAGAAUAUAUCGAGUGGCUCUACGAUGUUUGUGGCGAUGUGGAGGGCUGGCAUGGUCUGCCAACGAACUGGCGCGAACUGACCAUCCUUCUACCCCGCGAGAUGAUCCCAUGGGCAUGGACCGUCAAGCCAACAAAUAGCUCAAACGUCGAUCCUAUCGCCGGACCGGGGUCCGGAGAAACAGCGGGAAAAUGCGCGUCGAAUGAGUGGAAACUAGGAAGCAUUGUCCUCGUCAACGCGGCCACUCUCCUUGCUGCGUUCUUGGGUCAAGGGCGAGGGGAUUGUCUCAACACGGUUGACUCGGGAUCACACUCGCAACGGCUACAUUGGCUGCUCAAAGGAAUCCUCCUCGCUGGUCUACCACUCCUCGCGAACUGGUCCAACGCGCGUAUUGUGCAAAGCACUCCCGGCUAUGGAGCCAUCCCUGUUCUCCAACUAUUGCUCCUGUGGUGCUCGCUUCCCCAACCUGAUCUGUCUGCCAUCUUACCAUCUAGAAUCCGCUGGCAUGGAACAAAACUCUGCUCCUCGACAGCAUCCUCUUUAGUCGCAGGAGUGAUCCUUCAGGUUCUGGCAUCCUAUCACAUGUUCUUGACUGUUGACUUCGCCAGACGACAGGUAUUUGACCUCGAUAGUAUAACGAACGCGAAAAAGGGGCAUAUGGCUUUGCUCAUGUAUGCUGGGGCGCUCAUAUGGCUGCUCACCAUCGCUGUAUCUUUCAUCGAAGCCACUCGGUAUAUAUACAGAAUCGGUUCACUUUCCUGCUCUGAUGGAGCGGACCUGCCGGACUGGCAUAUACGCAAGUACGCAACCGCUAACAACCAAGAUAUGGGUGUCUUUGAAAGCCUGCUGGGACAGCCGCAACCAAGAAUGCCACCGAGUCGGAAAGAGGAACAGUACAUGGAAUAUGGCACUUUCUCAGGUGGAGAAAAAAGGACCAAGCUUCCCCAGAAAAUGCCCGCGACACUGUUCACUAUUGCGGCCAGAAGCAUGCCCUUUGUUUGGAUUGCGCAAUGGCUCUUCUGGGCCGGGUUUAUCAGUCUUAGUUCUGAAGAGUUCUGUCUGCCCAAACUAGAAGUUCUCACUACCAUCUGGCUGGCUGCGUCAAUAGGGGGUGUUGCUAUCAGAUCGUACCUAUAG